CGGUCGCAAAGCGAAACCGUGCAUAGUUUGUGUUUUGUUUUUUUUUCCUUGUAGCCAGGGUUUGUUGGAGCAGUAGCAAUACCAUAACAUAGCACAUCGAUUUAGGUUUCUUUCAUCGUCACCAUAUUCAAGAGAACAACAACAACACUGUUCCCUUUUUCCACGAUAUUAGUUAUUUUGAGGUUUCUUCGCUUGUGGACGUCGACUCUUCCUUCAACCGCAAUUUUCGAUAACGUACUUUUCCUGGAACCCUAGAAGAAUUCAGCCAACAACAGUGUUCAGUGUGAAAAGCUGCCUUUGUUUGUUGUUGAUUUAGUGAUUAUUGGUUUUUAUAUGUAUGAUUUGGGAGAGACUAUGCCUGUGGGAAUGGAUUUCUCUCCUCUGUUAGAGGACAAAGAGGGUGCAUUUGUGGUGGAAGAUGAGAAAUUGGGAGAUUCGGAUUCGGAUAAUCUAAAACCAAUGACCAAGGGUAAACCUCCGCGGCAUGGUUCGGGUAUGAGGCACAGCGUUAGCACCACCAAAUUGGUGGCUGUGCUGGAUUUGAGUUCGGAUGUGGGGGUUACUGGGAGCAAGUCAUCUUCUGAAGAAAAGACAGAGUUUCUACCAAUGUUUCGGUCAGGAAGUUGUGCUGAAAUAGGACCUAAACAAUACAUGGAAGAUGAACACAUAUGUAUAGAUGAUCUUAUUCAGCAUAUAGGUCCUGCUUCAACUAUUCCUUCACCCGGAGCUUUUUAUGGGGUGUUUGAUGGCCAUGGAGGUACAGACGCAGCUUUGUUUAUAAGAAAUAACAUCCUAAGGUUCAUAGUUGAGGACUCCCAUUUUCCAACUUGUGUGGGGAAAGCAAUUACAAGUGCGUUUCUGAAAGCUGAUUAUGAAUUUGCAGAUUCUAGUGCACUUGAUAUUUCCUCUGGCACCACUGCUUUAACUGCUCUUGUAUUUGGAAGGACCAUGAUUGUUGCCAAUGCCGGAGAUUGUCGAGCUGUACUGGGGAGACGAGGUAGAGCAGUUGAGAUGUCAACAGACCAGAAACCGAAUUGCAUUUCGGAAAAGCUAAGGAUUGAGAAACUUGGCGGAGUGGUAUACGAUGGUUACUUGAACGGCCAGUUAUCUGUUUCCCGUGCCUUGGGAGACUGGCACAUGAAGGGUCCCAAGGGUUCUGCAUGCCCCUUGAGUGCUGAGCCAGAGCUGCGAGAAAUCAACCUGACCGAGGAUGAUGAGUUCUUGAUUAUGGGCUGCGAUGGCCUUUGGGAUGUAAUGAGUAACCAGUGUGCUGUCACCAUGGCCAGGAAAGAAUUGAUGAUACAUAAUGACCCUCAAAGGUGUUCAAGAGAGCUUGUCAGAGAGGCUCUUAAGCGUCACUCGUGUGAUAAUUUAACAGUUAUCGUCGUAUGUUUCUCCCCAGAUCCCCCUCCUAGGAUAGAGAUGCCACCUUCUCGAGUCAGGAGGAGUAUAUCAGCGGAAGGCCUCAAUUUACUUAAGGGUGUAUUGGACUGUUAGUGUUAGUUUGUGAUGAUUGUUUAGGUUUAGAUAAGAAUGGAUAUUAUUGUGUGUAUAAAAUUAUUUUGAUGUGGUGGUUGCUGGGGGAUCUUCGCCCUCCACUGCUGUCCCAUACAUUCCAUGAUUAUUCUAUUUGUUCACCUUCCUAACAUCCCUUAGAGAACCGUUUUGUUGUACAUAAGAGGUCAUUAGUUUCUUCAGUUUAAUGGGAUUAUAUUCAUCAGUUGGGAUUCCUUUCCUCUCAA